ACUGCCUGGGGCUCAUACACACCACACCACACCACAGCUCAGGAACAAGGAGUAGAAGAUCAUGACUGCUGUCUUAAGCCUAUAGCAGCUGCUGCUAGGAGAGAUUGUCUCAGAAAGAAGAAGGGUCAUCAAGGGUAAAGAACAGAGGGGCACAGAAGCUAGGAAAAGGGGCGCAGCAGCUAGGAAAAGGGGCGCAGCAGCUAGGAAAAGGGGCGCAGCACCAGCAUAUGUGCCCUCCCAGAUCCUGCACCAGGUAGAGCUCCAUCAGCACUUGGCCACUUUGUCGCAACUUUUGCAAACAAAAUAGUUGUAGCUUGUGCACCCAGAGAAUAGAUCUGGAAUAUUUGUCUUUAUUUAUUAGGAUUAUUUAACAAUAUUUAUUCAUUAUUUAGGAUGCCCAAUUGAAAGGCACAACUAUUGGAAGUAUUUGCUGCUGAUAGAGGGGACAGGAUGACAGGAGUGACCAGGGAGGACAAUGCAAAGGAAGGGGUUAUGUUGGGUGGCAAAGUAAGAGCAAAAGGGCAUAGAAAAUUAGAGGAGAGGUCCCCUAGUUGGGACAGGUGUGACCCCUACAGAGUGUCAGAUGUUGCUCCUGUGUCAGGUGCUGUAAAGAAACACCAUCACAAGCACAGUAUUAAGCAUCGCUACCAACUCCUGGAGACGCUUGGAAGAGGAACAUACGGAAAAGUGAAGAGAGGCAUAGAUAAGAGCACAGGCAUGAUGGUUGCCGUGAAGUCCAUUCAAAAAGACAAGAUCACCGAUGAGCUGGACAGAGUCCAUCUUCAGCGUGAGAUUGAGAUCACAGCGCUGCUGAAACACCAGCAUAUUAUACAGGUCUUCGAAGUGUUUGAGAGCACAGAUAAGAUCAUCAUCGUCAUGGAGUAUGGCAGCAAUGGCGAACUGUACGACUUCAUAAAUAACAAGCACCAGCUCCCGGAAAGUGACGCCCGCAGGUUCUUCAGGCAGAUUGUCUCUGCUGUUCACUAUUGCCACAAGAACGGAAUUGUGCACAGAGACAUUAAGCUGGAGAAUAUCCUUCUGGAUGAAAACCUUAAUGUAAAGCUUGCAGACUUUGGGCUUUCAAAUCUUUAUCAUAAGAACCAGGUCUUGGAAACAUACUGUGGCAGUCCUCUGUAUGCGUCUCCGGAGAUUGUCAAGGGUCUACCGUACCAAGGACCUGAGGUAGAUUGCUGGGCUCUUGGGGUGCUGCUUUAUGCACUGAUCUAUGGGAGCAUGCCAUUUGAUAACAGCAACUAUAAGACGCUGGCAGAACAGAUUGGCAGCGGACUAUAUAGACAGCCUCCUCAUCUGUCAGGAGCCUGUGGACUCAUUGACUGGAUGCUAACAGUAAAUCCAGCCAGAAGAGCUACCAUUGAAGACAUUGCCAAUCACUGGUGGGUUAAUUGGGGCUACGACACUGUAGUCUGUGACUGUGACCUGGUAGCGGAAUGCCAAUCUCCAUUGUUGGCCCGGUAUAUUGAGUGUCAGAACACACCAAGUUUUAAAGGAGCAAAGAAAGAACACUGCAAAGCCCAGCAAAGGGAAGAUGAUGAAUAUGAAGUCUGCCUGAGAAAGUCCAAAAAGGAGAACGACAUCAAUCACUCUCAGCAGGAGCAUGAACUUAUUGUUCCCAGACAGAAACCUAAAGGGAUCUUGAAGAAAAGGAGCAGUUUUGACAGUUCUUUUUUAAACUCUACUUUUUCAGAGAACCUGUCUGGAAAUCGCUUGGAGCUCAGCAGAGAAGCACAAACCACAUCCACCUACGAGUCCCACAAGUCAGUUAAUAUUGAAUGCACUUUCAGUAUGCCGAAAAAAGGGAUCCUAAAAAAAACAUGUGAGAGGGAAUCGGGUUAUUCUUCCUCCCCAGAGAGGUUAACAUCCUCAGAAAUUCAGAAGACCUACCUCACAGUACCUGAAGAAAAAGCAAAGUCUGACAAGCAUUCAAAAAGGAAAAAAGGCAUUCUGAAAAAGAACGGACGGUUCUCCACCAGCUUAGACCUUCCCAGUGAUUGCUCGGCUAUACGGCUUUCAGACUCGAUGGAAGAUUUAGUAAUACCCAAUGCAGAUCCACCAAAGAGUCCAAGUCGACCAUCAAGUGUCAUCAGCGAUGACAGUUUUCUCUCCAGUGAUUCUUUUGAUCUGCUCGAUAUACCUUCGGUCACAAAAUCUCAAUUCUUCUCUUAUAACUCUAGAAAUCAUGCCUACAGUUCUGAGGAGGAAGAUGUGUUGACCAAUAAACCGAUGGUGCAUACGAGACCAUAAGCUAUAAAGGACAGCUUAGUGUUUACGGCCCUGAAGAAACAGUACGAAAAAACUAUAAGAAUUCAACUUUGCACAUAUCCAGUGCUGCUUGUUGGGCUGUUCUGGAUCUUGAAAUACAAAGACUUUGUUGACAAGUUGUGUAUAUAUGGCAGUUGUAUUUUAUUAGUGAAAUUCAUUGAACAUACUGUAUGUUUCCUUGAUCAACUUUGUAAGUUAUGAAUAUGGUAAAUAUCACUUUGCAGUGUCUUAAACAAUAAAGGGUGAUAGGUGAGCAUUAGGGAUGAGGAAAUUAGUCUGGCUGAUUCACCCCAGUACUUAAAGAUUGUGUGACAUUUCAAAAAUAUUGCUGCCUUUCUCAUAAACAGCACCACUCGUAUCCAUUCACUGUAUGCAGUAUUGUAUUUCAGCCUCAUUCAUUGUAAGCAAUCCUUAUUUACUGCAUAAAGUUUAAUCUAUUAUUUCUAUUGAUAAACUGUAUGCAGUGAGCUCCUCCUAGUGGUGGGUAGAGGCAAACACAAUUUGAUGAUAUAACUUUAUUUCUCUUAAAGAUUUUGAGAUCUUUAUCCAAUAAGACAAAGUCCGUCUUAAAGGGGUACUCCGUCCCUAGACAUCUUAUACCCUAUCCAAAGGAUUGGGGAUAAGAUGUCUGAUCCGGGACCCCCACGACCUCGGCUGCAGCACCCCAGACAUCUGUCCAGGGCACGGAGAAAAUUUUGCUCCGUCCCGGAUGACUGGCAAUGCAGGCCGGAGGCUUGUCACCAUGCCCCACUCAUGACGUCAUGGCCACGCUCCCGCAAUGCAAGUUUAUGGGAGGGGGCGUGACGGUCAUUAUGCCCCCUCCCAUAGACUUGCAUUGAGGUGUCCGUGAUGUCACAAGCCUCCGGCACUACACCCGAUGCCCUAAACGAGUGCCGGGUGCAGCAGAGAGAUAGCGGAGAUUCCCAGCGGCAGGGAUCAGACAUCUUAUCCCCUAUCCUUUGGAAAGGGGAUAAGAUGUCUAGGGGCAGAGUACCCCUUUAAGGUUAUGGGCCUGCAGAUACAAUUAGAAAAAACCCAGAAGGUGGAUAUUGAGAAACUUAAACAUUUAGAGUAAAAGGCGACCAGUGUGAGGAUGUUUUUACAUAACAUGGAGUAUUUUGUGUAAAGCCAGAGGAAAUUGUUAAACAAAAUAUGAAAAUGCCAGAGCGUUUAGUUGGAGAAAGGGUAUAUAAAUAACGGGAUUAAGAUCCACUUAGUUCUGUCUUCAGUCAAAAUCAUAAAACAAUGACUCUUUAUAAGGAAGGGAAAGGAAAACAAGACGCUGGUGAAGAAUGUCAUUACCUUGAUUAAAUUUAGUGGCACCAGCGUAAGUCUCUUUCGUACUGAAUUGCUCGGUGGCAUCUGACUUUAACCCAAUGACAGCUGCUGCUUCUAUGUAUAAAGGAGCAAUGAUCAAAAUACAUGAUAUGGAAUCAAUGUUUUUCCAUGGAAACGUUUUAUACUUGAAUAAUAUCCAGAACUACAUUCACUAUUCUGAUUUCUUCUUCAUUGUGGGAGCUCAGAUGACAGAUUUAACGUGAAUGAAUCAUUUAGAUAUUUAUUUUACUUUACUUACCUUUGUUCCCAUGUUUCUAUUUCCUGAUUGUUAAUUGUUUUCCCAUUUUUUAUACAUUGUUAUAGGGCCAGCCAUCUUGCCUGAGCUGUUUUUAAAACUGGUGUCAACUUCAGCAGUUUUUUGGGAAAACUGCCACUUUCUUCAAUGGGAUUCUGCUACAUUGUGCACACUGCAGCAUUUCUGCAGCAGAAAAUAUUCACAGUGACAGAAUUCAGCAAGAAAAUUUUCCUCGCUGAAUUCUUUAGUGGAUUUGCGCUGUUCAAUAUGAUUCGGAAUCGGCGCUUAUGUCCAUGCCCAUUUGCUGCAAGCAUAAGCACCGUACCUUUGACGGACGCGUUCAAUAUUCUGCUGGAAUUCAAUUCCUUGUCGAAGGUUCCACUAUAGAACUUCCGACGUGUGAACUAAGCAGCAAAAUUCUCAUUGAAAUUAAUGGGAAGGUGCUGCAAGGCGGAUUGCCGGAGGAAAUCUCUGCAGUGUGAAUGGGGCCUUAAGAUUAAACAAUGUUAUUUAUUGUUUAUUGUUUUUUUUCUGGAAACAGAGCCUAUCUACUUUAUCUUGAAUCGCAAUCUUUAAAGGGGUACUCCGCCCCUAGACAUCCCCUAUCCAAAGGCACCCCAGACAUCCGGUGCACAGAGCAAACUUCGAUGACUGGCGACGCGGGGCAGAGGCUCGUGACGUUACGGCCACACCCCACUUGUGACGUCACAGCCACGCCCCCCAAGGCAAGUCUAUGGGAGAGGGCGUGACGGCAGUCAAGCCCCCUCCCAUAGACUUGCAUUGAGGGGGCAUGGCCAUGACGUCAAGAGCGGGGCUCUGCCAUGACAUCACGAGCUUCCGGCGCUGCACCCGUUGGACCCCAUGAUCAGACAUCUUAUCCCUUAUCCUUUGGAUAAGGGAUAAGAUGUCUAGGUGCGGAGUACCCCUUUAAGUAACUAAAGGCAAAGUUGUAAUACCAGUCAAAGACUAUGGACAAUAGUGUUGAGGUUUCAGAACAGUCAGUUACCAUUCUCCGAGUUGUGUAGCUUUCCACUUUGGACAAUCCCAUUUUAUUUGAUGGGCACCCUGAUUGAAUUGACCAAUUCGUCCUGCUGUUUGGACUUCAGCCGUAAUGACCUGGAUUUUCUGAACCAGUAAAAUGCAUACAGUUCACCUCACCUCACAUUCAAUAAUACUGUAGGAUGCCUCUGAUUUUAAAUGGGUUAUAGAGAAAUAAGAAAACAUACUGUAGCUGGCUUUUCCCAUAAACAGCACCACACCGGUCUUUGGGUUAUGACUAGUAGUGCAGCCCAGCUUAAAUGCAAUUCAUGCUGCUGUGCUGUAAUGCCACAUACAGCCUGUCCACAUAUGUGGCACUGUUUUUUUGUUUUUUUAGAAGAAAUGAGCCAUGUUUUUCCAACCCCGGAUCACCACUUUUAAUUAUCUCUUAACUUACUAUGUAUAAUGCAAAAACAAUGAACGAGAUUCUAUUAUUUAUUACUUUGGUCUCUAGUUCUGACAAUGAAGUAUUCGGAUUCCUCCUGGCCACAGUCUGAUAAAAAUACAGUGUAUAGAUAUUCACUCCUCAAACCUGGUAACUUGUUCUAUUAGAUCAGUGUUUCCCAAGCGGGUUCCUCAAGACCCCCCAACAGGUCAUGUUUUCAGGAUUUCCUUAGUCUUUCACACAUGAUAUAAUUGUGCUGAUACCUGACGCACUGACCAGAAUUAUAUCACCUCUAAAGGAAAUCCUAAAAAUCCAAAAAAAUAUGCACUCUUUUGAGGACUUUGCUUGGGAAACACUGUUAGAUGAAACACUGGGAUGAGAGUAAAGAGAACAUUUGUGAUUUUA